AUGCUCAAGAUCUGGGCUACACUUUUAACCUUAUACUUAGCAUCAGCUCAAAUCUUAGACGAUACCUCAGGCGAUUUAGCUCAAGUUAGAGCACUUUUAGAUGAAAUUCGUUCUGAAUCCGACAGAAAGUUUGGAUUGUUCUUUGUAAGUAAAAUACGUUUAUUUUAAAAAUUUUUUUACAGCAAAAAUUUAAAUUCUAGAUUUUUUUUGAAAUUUUGGGUAACAAAAUUAAUUUUCUAUAUUUAGGUAAUAAAUCACAUCUAUUUUUAAAAUUUGAAACUUUUAGGACGACCCAGAUGCUGUAAGUAAAUCAUUGUCUCAAGUAACAUUCGACGAUGGUACGGAAGCUACAGCUAACCGAGCUUUCCACCGUGAACUCUUCGAAAACGACAUUAUUUUAACCGUACCUCAAGCUGAAGCCAUUUUAGACGAAAUUAAGCAAUGUAAGUGAGCAAACAAAGCGUAUUUUACCUAUAUUAAAGUUUUUAUGGUAUAAACUAUACACUAUUUUACAUAAACCAGCAUGUUUUCAGUUUUCUUAUAUUAUUCAUGGUUAAUAUUAAAUUAAACAUAUAGGCUGUCCGUAUUUUACUAUAAUUUUUGGCUUUUUUUCAACGUUUAACUAUGUGAAACUAUCUUUUACCCUUUAAAACUUAAUCUAAUCCAUAAAACCUCGAAAACACCUUAUUACAGCCAACAAAACCGGUCGAAGAACGCGUCAAGCUCAGCCAGGUCUAGAUUCUUUUUGGAAAAACAACACAAUCCCUUACAAAUUCUACUACAACGACAAGGAUUGGCAGAAUCUGAUUCGAAGUGCGUUGAGACACAUCGAAUCAGAAACUUGCAUGAGAUUCUCAGAAAAUGGUCAAGGAAAGGACUACUUACUUUACAUUCGAGGAUCUGGUUGUUGGUCGAACGUUGGCAGAGUUGGUGGUCGUCAACAGGUGUCCAUUGGAUAUGGCUGUGAUGCUGUAGGUUUUUGAUCCUUGUUUGUUUUGGUAUGGACAAGUUUCUCGGAAAGAACAAACGAAAUUCGCUAAAAUCGUAAAAAUUAAUAACUUUUGGUUUUUGCAGGCUGCGCGACAAGGACGCAAGUCGCAAAACCAAAAUUAUUUUAAUUUUUAGUCUGGCACCUACUUUUUAUAACAGUUAAUUCAAGUUUUUAAAAUGAAUGAGUAAAAAUUGUCUUUUUUACAUUUUUAGGUAUUAAGUUCAUUUUUCUUUUUGCAUUUUUUGAAAUUAUAUUGUUUUAGCUCGGAAUCGUCGCUCACGAAACCCUUCACGCUUUGGCUUUGUGGCAUGAACAAUCAAGAGAUGAUCGCGACAAGUUUGUCAACAUUGAUUUCACUAAAAUCUUUCCGGUAAGACUGAUUUUAAUUUAUUUUCACAUUAAUGUCACGCCUUGUGUAAUUAGGUAAUAAAUAUAACAUAAUUUGCCAUCUUCUUUCAGUAAAUUAAAUUUCAGGGUACCCAAAGUAACUUUGAACGUCGUACACAAAGGAACAGCGAUAACAUGGGACAACCCUACGAUAUGGGAUCGGUUAUGCACUAUGGUUCUAGGGCUUUCAGUACUAGCUAUGAUGGGUAAGAUAAGGUUGUUUAUCUCAAUAUUGUUUUACAUUUUAGGGAGUUUCUUUCAUAAAUAGGCUUGCUUUUGCUUUAUAAGUAUACUGAAUGAAUAUUAAAGUAGUUAUCACAAUAUAGACUUAAAAAUAAAAUUGCGGACCGUUAUAUUAACAUACUGUUUUAGAUACUCAAUCCUAACCAAAGAUCCAAACUAUCAACAGACUAUUGGCCAACGUGAAGCCAUUUCUUUCAAAGAUGCCAAGAUGAUCAAUUUGCGUUAUUGUCAGAAUAUUUGUCCAAGAGAAUUGAAAUGCCAGAAUCAUGGCUACACUGACCCUAACUACUGCUACAGAUGCAAAUGCCCAACUGGCUACGGGGGAAACUUGUGUCAGAGCGUUCCUAUUAGCAGUAGGUUUAUAUUAUUUUUAAAAAAUUUUGAUUUUUUAUUUUGAAAAAUCGAAAAAUGCUUUGAAUUUUUAAUUUUAAACCUCAUUAUUGCUUUCCAGACGUCCCCAAGUGUCAAGGAGGUGAGCUCAAAGCUUUUUCGAUUUCCCGAGAGCUCAGAUCACCUGAUAUCAUGGCUGGAGCCAAGUGUUUCUGGCGGAUUCGAGCACAGAAAGGCGAGAGAAUUCAGAUUAACUUUGACAAAGCCGUCUUCCCAUGUGAAACAGCUUGUUCAAGUUACGUUGAGCUGAAGUACAAGAAGGACAAAGCUCCAACUGGAGCUCGGAUUUGUUGUGAUUCACCAAGCCAGCCCAUUUACUCUGAAGACAAUGAAGUUCUGGUCAUGUUUGUUGGUGCCAAUGACAUUCAAACUGGUUACACUGGGUUUGAGUUUAGCUACAAGUCGAGUAAGUUGUUUGUCUUGUGUUUGUUGAGGUAUGGGAUGAUAUGGAAGUACAUUUUUAUGGGUUGAGAUGAUAUGUUAUGUGAUGAAAAGGCAUUUAUAGAAAAUUAGGUAACAUAUUAUACUAUAAAAUCAUAAUUUAUGCUUAAAAGUAUAAAAUUUUAUACAAGAUAAAGCUAAUAUGAAUUGACAGUACUAUAAUGUAUGUAUUUUCAGUCCCUGGCAGCGGAGUAAGUUUUAACAUAUCAUUUUCAAACACACAUACUAACAUAACAUACCACACUUUAACCCUUGCUGUGACUUUUGUAAUCUCACGAUCUAACCAUGUUUAGUCCAAGUACACUACUAAACCACAAGUAACUGUAAAACCGCACGUAUCUAGACACUCAACAACAAAGAGCACACUAACUGUAUUAACAACUACACCUACUACAACAACCUAUAGGCCUACUACAAAAUCAACCACAUACUGGCCUACAACAAGGUCAACCACGUACUGGUAUACAAGAUAUACAAGAAGACCUGUUACUACAGUAACAUAUAGACCUACUACGGUGAAUUAUAGACGAAUUACUUCAGUAACACAAAGGCCUACUACUGCGGUAACUUACAGGCCUUCUACAGUAAAAACUAGGCGUACAUAUACUGUAACAUCGUAUAGAACCACCACAAUAAGACAUAGUAGAACUACAAGAACAACGAGAGUUAGGCCAACGUAUUAUGGUACUACUACAACAAGAAGACCGAGUACUAGAUCGCGAUCAAGUAGGACAAGAUCAAGAGCUCAGAAUCAACUUGUAAAUACGAACAUUAUAGGGUUGUAUAAGGUAACAUUGCACUGUUUUAACAUGUUUGAUGUGUUGUUUUGCACUGGUGAUACGAUUUUUGUACUAACAUACCUAUAUUAUCUUAACUAUAGUUUAGUAAUGUAACAAAAAAUACCCUUUCGUAUACUGUAAUACGAUAAGGUUUUGUAUAGUAUAAGAUUUGCUGACAAUACGAACAGUAGUAUUUACCAUAACAUACUAACGACAAUAAGAUAUGUCAUAAAACAUUAACUAAUACCUAUUGUAAAGAAAGAAGAGUCAUCGGAAGAAGUGACAGAAGAAUGGACAAGACCUACAGAAGCUCCAUCAACUACAAAAAGGACAACUGAGGCUACCACCACUGAAGCAACCACUACUACAACCACUGUACCUACUACAACAACUUCAAUCGAUUUGAGUUUGUAUACUGGAGAAUGGAGUAGAUGGGCUGCUUGGAGUGGAUGUUCAGUGUCUUGUGGAGGGUGUGGUAGAAGAAAGAGGCUACGAGCUUGUUAUGGAGGAAACCAGAAGUGUCCGUAAGUAUAUUAUACAUGGUUUUUUUACAAUUAUUAGGCUACAGUUUGUACUAGAAAGGCAAUAGACCAGAAAGUAAUAAAGCUACUAUCAUAUGUUUUAGUGGAGACCCAUUCGAAUACGCUGAAUGUGGCCAAGACCCCUGCGGCGUUCGACCAACGGCCAAGUCAUUUACUCGAUGUGAAGGUCGACUACUGCUACCUUGUGAUCUGUUGAAGAAAUUGGACUUUGGUACUACUAGACUACCUUUCACUCAAUCUCAAGGUAAUUUUUUUAGUUUUAAUAUUUUUAUUAUUUUUUACGUAUUUUAAUUAAAAAUUCUGUCUUGUAACAGCAUUUCUAAUUUUGUCUCUGCAGGAUGCGUAGUUGUGGUCGCAGCUAGCAGUCUUAAAAAGUAAUGAUUUUAAAAUUUUUACAUUUUAAAAGAGUAGAAUACAAAAGUACUGCCAUGUUAUGUUAUUUUUACUUUUUCAGACCCAUUAGCACCACCCCCACCACCACCCCCAUCUUCACCCCCACUCUCCUCAAAACUUUUACCGCGCCAAACGCAGCUCUCUGGCCGAAAUCCUCGGCCAAACCUCGAACCGAGUGGAUGA